AAAGUCGACAGAAGUGUCAAAUUUUCAAGGUUUCUACAUAAAUUUUCACACUUCCUAUUAAUGAAUAUUAAAUAAAUAAAAUUCAAAGCAGAUAUCAUUUAAAAUAAGAGUAAUCUUGUACUCCAGUGACAAUAUUCGGGAGUGCGUGUUCAGACAUAACGGACUGUGAAUAUUGUGAGGAUCGGAGAAGAUUCUACGAGAAACAUAAAAGUUAUUACAACUCUCCGAGCAUCACCAGCCACAGCUACUACAGCGCCAUGUCCCGGGCGGAGGCCGAGCCGCUGCUGCAGGGCGCCGCCACCCCCACCUACAGGGCCAUCAGCACAGAGAGCAUCGACUCCUUGGGCCCAGCAGAAAUAUCGGCACGAGACAUCCUCUCCACAUUUAACAAACAAUUCGAGAAGUCGAUAAAACCAGAAAGGAAUAAACAGAGUUCUCUAGUCACUAUUUUUUCAGUAUGGAACACGAUAAUGGGCUCGUCCCUGCUGACGAUGGCGUGGGGUGUGGAGCGCGCGGGGCUGCCGGCCGCGCUGGCGCUGGUCGCGUUCAUGGCCGCGCUCUGUCUCUACACCGCUUAUGUCCUGCUCACCGUCAACAAGCAUCAUGGCAGCGACAGCUGCGAGGUGCCGGCGCUGUGCCGCGCGCUGCUGGGGCGCGGCGCGGAGGCGCUGGCGCACGUGUUCUCGCUGCUCGUGCUGCUCGGCGCCAACGUCGUCUACUGGAUACUCAUCACCAACUUCCUGUACUUCACCGUCAACUAUCUCGUGGAUCUCAACACAUCAAACACGACGGUAUACAACACGAGCCUGCUGUGCCCUCACAACGUGAACCAGUCCCUCAUGAUAGCUGAACCCGAAGCCGACUCCGUGUACUGGGGGCUCCACACCACAGUACCACUCUACGUGGCGCUCAUCGUCUUCCCACUACUCAACUUUAGAGAUGUGUCCUUCUUUACCAAGUUCAACUCUUUAGGCACGCUAUCAGUAGUGUACCUGCUCGUGUUCGUGAUAGUGAAGGGCUACACGUGGGGCAUCAACAUCGGGACCAUCUUCACAGAGACACACCCCAUCAAGAACGCGGCGGUACUCAGCGGGAUGCUGGCCCUGUCCUUCUAUAUACACAACAUUAUUAUCACUAUCAUGAGUAAUAAUGCUAGGCAGGAUAAGAAUGGUAGAGACCUUACGAUAGCAUUCAUACUAGUCACAGUAACAUACACGCUAGUCGGAGCUGUCUUCUACAUCUGUUUUCCUCUCGCCAAGUCCUGUAUUGAAGAUAACUUAUUGAACAACUUCGAAAUGCAUGACGUCAUGACUGCGGUUGCUAGAAUAUUACUUCUGUUUCAAGUGGUCACGGUGUACCCGCUGGUGGCCUUCAUGCUCCGCUCGGAGGCGAUCCUGCUGCUGCCGCUGAAGCAGUCCCGCUGCCUCACCGUCCUCAUCAACGUGGCCAUCAUGAGCAUGUGCGUGCUGGUCGCCUGCUUCUGUCCGAGCAUAGGGACCAUCAUCAGAUACACGGGUGCAGUAAGCGGGCUAGUCCACAUCUUCGCGUUACCCUCAUUCCUACAGAUCCGGUCGCUACAGCUACGCGGUAAGCUGACCUGGUGGAAGACCCUCUUCUAUGCUGCUAUCGUACUCUUCGGAGCUGGAAACUUGCUCAUGCAGUUCUUUAUUAAUGAAUAACUUGGGUUUCGGUUGAAAACAAAGGUCAGGAUAUCUGAAAAUUAAUCUGGAGGUAAUGAAUAUCGUGGUCACGUGAUGUCAAGUAAAAAAUCCUGCGGGUUUUAUCACAGAUUUUUUCUUGUAAACGUUUUAAAACUUAAUAUCUUAUGAUAUCAGGGCCUCAGGGCUCAGGGCCCUAAUUCUGCCGUUUAAAAUUGCCAAUGAAUGAAAAUUGGGUUGAAAUUACACUGUUCGUAUCCUCUUAAGCAUUUUUCCAUCACAAUAAUUGGAAAUUCAGCGCAGGGCAGAACACUCACGGUCAAAACAAUAAAAUUCUAACAACAAUUGCAAAAUGCUCAGGGGAAUACUAAAAGCGUCAAAUUUAAUCCAGUUACCAUUAGUCGGGCACUAUAUCAUUUUAAUGUUUGCAUCGACUUUGUUAAACAUUUGUUGUUUUUACCAAAACUAAAAGCAUAUCUUGUAAGAUGUAAAGUCAAAUAAUAAGACAAUUAGAAAGUCUUACAUACUGGCUUCUUUUUAAUUAUUUUGCCACAAAUAAUGUAUACGGAUUUAGUUAUUAGAUGUUUCCAAACAUUAGUAAGCUUAACUUUACUGGCGUGUGGUAGAAAUAUAUCCAGUAAAAGUGCGUUGCCGUAAUGUUUGGAAAAGCCUUUAUUUUAGUUAUUUUAAUUUAAGUUAAAUAUGCUGAAUGCCAUUCCGCUUGAUAAUCCAGUUUAAAUAAUAAUAGCGUAUAUUGUAUUACUAUAUAAAAUGUGUAAAAACAACCAAGUAUGUGAAGUACCUAAAAACUAUUCUUAUGAUUUAUUUUCUUAAUAACUUUCUACAGAUUCUUAACCAUAAGUUUCAAACUAGCUUUCCUGUAAAUAAAUCUAUUAAAUAGGUACUUAUCACCAAAGUCUAUCUAGUCAUAGUCUAUUUAUAAGUCAAAUUAGGUUAUAAUUAUUUAAAACACAUGUGUGUAUACA